CUGCUCUGAUUUUCCAACCCAAAUUAAAUGGCUUACGCUGCUGUAACUUCGCUUAUGGAAACACUUUCUCUACAUUUCUUGCAAUCACAACCAGCCUUUCCUCUUGAUGAUUUAGAGGCACAGAUUAGAGAUGGCAAUGAAAAACUUGGCUUGCUGCAGCAAAUUCUUGAGAAAUCCGAGAUUACCAAUAAUGAAGCAGUAAAACAGACUGAUUAUUACGCCAAGGAGAAGAAGUUGAUUAAAAGUGAAAAGCUGCAGCAGCUUGAAGCUUUAAAGGCACAGAUCAGAGAUGCCAAAAAUGAAAAUCUUGGCGUGCUGCAACAAAUUCUUGAGGCUCGGAUCAGACAGAUGGAGUUGAACGAAGAAGCAUCAUCAAAGCGUCGUCCUCGUAUAAAGACUUGCUUCCCCAGGCUUUAUGGAAAGCUGCAGCUUGCUUGGGAUAGUAUACUUUUGACUUCUCGACUCAGGGAGGUGGCUGAAGUCAAACAAAAGAUAGUUUCUCUCCAUCAAAAUCUGGGCUUGCUGCAACAAAGUCUUGAGAAAUCUGAGAUCCCCUAUGAUGAUGCGAGGGUGAUGAAAGAUUUAGAGGCGCAGAUCAGAGAUGCAUCGUUCGAAUUGGAAGAAAGGAUUGAGAUGGAGUUGACUGCCAUUUAUCUAGCAAAUGAUAGUCUUCAUGUAACAGCUUGCCUGCUCAGGCUUCAUCAAAUCUUUAAUGAAGCAGAAAAACAGACUGAUUACCUCAAGAAUGAGUUGAUUAGGAUCCGACGAAGAGGACUACUACACAAGAAAAUUAUUGUGAGUAACUUGUCCAAAAACACUUCAAAGUUUGACAACAGUAGAAUGGUCGGAUGCGACAAGCUGUUCGAGAAGAUAUUGGAUCAGCUGCUCACGCAACAAACAACUAAGGGGAGACAAGUUGUUUCAAUUGUUGGCAUGGGAGGAAUAGGCAAGACCACUCUAGCACACCAAGUUUAUGAACAUCCGUCAAUUACUUCUCAUUUCUACAAGCGAGCAUGGGUUACUGUAUCCCAAGAGUAUAACGUUGAACAAAUGCUCCAAUGUCUUCUUAGUUGUGUUACUGCAACAUCAAGAGUUGGUGGCCAAGACCAACUAGCUGAAUGCCUGCGUAAACACUUGAAGGAACAAAGAUAUUUGAUAGUGAUGGAUGAUAUAUGGAGCACUACUCCUUGGGAUAGUGUGCAAAGAUGCUUUCCAGAUGAUAAUAAUGGAAGCCGCAUACUAUUGACUUCUCGACUCAAAGAGGUGGGAGAAUAUGCUAGCUCAGGUAACUCUCCUCUUAACAUGCCUUUCUUAGAUCCCGAUGAAAGUUGGAAUCUCUACUGCAAAGUCUUUGGUAAAACUGAAUUCGUUCUAGUGUUUGAGCAAAUUGGUAGAGAGAUAGUGAAGAAAUGUGAAGGAUUACCUCUGGCCAUUAUUGUAGUAGCUAGUCUUCUCUCAAAGAUAAAGGAGGAGGAGGAAGAGUGGAAGAAUGUUGCAAAAAGUGUAAUUGGUGAUUCAAAUGAUGCAUGUUCCAGAAUACUGUAUCUAAGUUACCACCAAUUACCACACCACUUAAAAGCUUGUUUUCUGUAUUUUGGAGUUUUUCGAGAAGACUAUGAGAUCCCUGUGAAGAAGUUGGUUAGGUUAUGGGCAGCGGAGGGAUUUCUGAGGGCUGUGAAGCAUGUGAAUAUGGAGAAAGUGGCCAUGGAAUGCUUGCAAAAUCUUGUUGAUAGAAGUCUUGUUAUAGUUAGCGAACUGAGCUAUAAUGGGGAAAUGAAGAAAAUAAGGAUACAUGAUUUAUUGCGAGAUUUGUGCUUGAAAGAAGCUGGACGUGAAAAUCUAUUGAAUGUGAAUGUGAUUGGAGAUGAAAAGCUUCCAAUUUACAAGAGGGAAUCACAGCACCUGUUUUCAAAAUCUUGUCGUUGGAUAAGUGAUACAUCAGAAUGUUUGAAUAGUGAAAUCAGGUCUGGAGAUAAGUGCUUUGACAAAUCUCAUUCCUUACACUCAAGGUUUGAUUACUCUAGGAGAUUUUACUUUCAUAUACUUGAUGAACUUCUUUCAUACUUGAAACUGCUAAGAGUAGUAGACAUUGGAUGUGGAUACUGUAGCAAUUCAUGUGAGGUAAAUGUGUUUGCCAGUCUUGUUCAUUUGAGAUACUUUUCUUUGACCCAUCAAUACCGAAAUGAUCACCCUCCUCUUUAUUUAAAGCUCUUUGAGCAUAGGAAUAUGCAAAGCUUUAUUGUUUGUGGAAGAUUUGUUAAAUGGGAUUCCUCUAGUGCAUUUACAAUUUGGACAAUGCCACUAUUAAGGAAUUUUUGUGUUGAAAGAAUUUGUUCAUUAGAAACUUCUUCGGUUGUUCAUAGAAACUUAGAGAAUAUAUCUUGGUUGGAUUCUAAACUCUGUACACCGGAUCUAUUUACAAGAAUUCCAAAUUUAAAAAAGUUGGGGAUUGAAGGUAGAAGUGCUAAUUGUUUUUAUAAUUUUGUGCACUUGGGGCAGCUUGAGGCACUAAGCAUCAGAAGUCGGUAUUCUUUCAAACAUAUUCCAUGUAGCGACAUUCCAUGGGCAACUAGUUUUCUACCAAAUCUUAAGAAGCUCAAAUUCUUUAAGACUUGGUUGCCAUGGAGUGAUAUGAGGCUUAUUGGUAUGUUGCCAAAUCUAGAGGUUCUAAAAUUGAUAGAUGCUUGCCAAGGCCCAAAAUGGGAGCCACAUAAUGGAGGGUUCCGUCGAUUGAAGUGGUUGGUAAUUCAAAGCAUACAUCUCAAAUAUUGGACUGUUGAGGGUGAUCAUUUUCCUGUGCUCGAAUGUUUAAAGUUAUAUCAAUGCACGCAUUUGCAAGAGAUUCCUAGUGGUUUUGUGGAUAUCACUACACUAGCAUUGAUUGAGUUAAACUACUGUAAGGAUUCACUUCUGACUUCCGCAAAGUGGAUUCAAGAUGAGCAACUCAACAACUAUGGAAAUUCCAUCCUUGUUCGUUCCUGAAAAUAUUAGCCUGAAAAGUAAACAUCUCAGAGGAAGAAUGUGAUGAGGAGAAAUUGUUUCAAGACGAGUUUUGAAGGAUAUGUACAGCCAAGAAUUGAAGUUUGCAGGAUCAUCAUAGCAUUGCAGUUUGCAAGAUCAUCUCAAAACAGUUUACUCAUUUUACACCAUCAUAUCCUUCUUAAAGACAGACAAGUUUUGGAGUCUCUGUGCAAAGCUUUUUCUUCAUCUCAAGUCUCAACUUGUAAUGAUACAGAUGAAGAGAAAUCAUCAAUUACUCUUCACACCAUCA